UGAAGGAGUUAAACUCCACCGGCAGCUCAAAGCGACCAGUUUAACCGUGCACCCAUUUGAAACAUCUCGGUCCAAGUACAAGAGGCUCACAUCAAAGUUAACUUUUUUUUUUCAAUUAAAUAGUGCUACAAGCAGGUCUGAUUGGCGCUGAGGUUUCCAUUGGAGACCAUGACGUAAACGGGUUGGAUGGUCUCCCAGCUGAACUAGAUUGUUACAUUAAAUUCCGGCCAGCUUCCUCGUUCGCCGAUCAAUUUGGAGAGGAGAAGAGAGGCGAGGAUAAGAGAAGAGAGGAGAGGAGUUGGGGCAGGCUCGGGCUCGGAGUGCGCCGCCUUCAACCCCCACCCCCAUCGACUAAUCCCAGCUCCCGAAUUGAUAAGAAACACGUGAAAAGCAUUGAUGUAAAAAGCAGGGUGGGAUUAAGCCAGCUAGCAUCUCCUCUCUCUCGGCUCACCUUCACAACGCACACCCAUACACUUGGAACAUCUUUAGGGGGUUUGUGAGGUUUUGUUUUUUUUUUAAAUAGACAUUUGUUUAGUUGGUGUGAGGUUUGGCAAGAGAAUCCUGUGUUAUUUUUUUUCCCCCCCUCUCCCGUUCUUCGCUCUCUAAGACGGACCGCGUUCUACCGACUACCAACCUUGGCAGCCAGGUCUCAACUUCUCCGCCACCAACUCCCCGUCGCUUCUCCUUUUGUUGUCGUCGGGGUUUUUUUUUCCCCCACCACCCGACUUUUUUUUUUUUUUUUUUUUUUUUGCUGCUUUGGCUUUUGGGACCGAACUUGGUUUUUGGUGGAGAGACGGCGAGCAGCAGCGAGCGAGCGAGCACACACACACACAGUGCAGCGGAAAGUUGAAAACAUGAGUACGAAGGCUGAUGACCAUAAUAAUAACAACAGCAGCAAUGAAGAAGAGGUCCGCACACUAUUUGUCAGUGGCCUUCCCAUGGACAUUAAACCACGAGAGCUGUACCUUCUAUUUCGACCUUUUAAGGGGUAUGAAGGUUCGCUGAUCAAACUCACCGCCAAACAGGAACAUAUUGAUAGAAGGAUUAGACCAUACAGCCCCCCGUGUUGGCCCUACAAUUCGCCAGUCGGUUUUGUUACAUUUGACAGUCGAGCUGGUGCAGAAACGGCAAAGAAUGCGUUAAACGGCAUCCGGUUCGAUCCCGAAAACCCGCAAACGCUCAGGUUGGAAUUUGCCAAAGCCAACACGAAGAUGGCCAAGAGCAAGCUGAUGGCGACGCCCAACCCCUCAAACAUGCACCCCGCCCUGGGGGCCCACUUCAUCGCACGGGACCCCUGUCCCCACUGCUGCUUCCCACCGCCAUGCUUUCUUCCGCCAUUGGGAUGGGAUGCUGAUCAAGAAUUUCAAGGCCAGUCAGUACCACCCUUCAUGUGGCCCAGAGAUGACCUUGGGGGAACGGCACUCAUCCCUGCAUCUCCAGAGGCUUGGGCUCCCUAUCCACUAUACACAACAGAACUGACCCCCGCCAUCCCACAUGCCGCGUUCACCUACCCCGCCGCUGCUGCUGCGGCUGCUGCACUUCACGCUCAGAUGCGCUGGUAUCCUCCUUCUGAAGCUUCACCACAAGGAUGGAAGUCUCGUCAGUUUUGCUAAGUAUAUAACUUCCCCAAUUCGCCGACUAAAAGUUUCUCCAUGGAGUGAUUCGCAAGGAUGGACUGGAUUUAGUUUUUGUGGGGUUGUUGUUUGAAGGAAAUAUGGAACAGCUGCUUCAUUUCCUCUGCGAUGGAGCAGUCACUGGCCUGUGGAUUAAGAACUUUUUUGGUGAACUUUGGAGUGGGAGGCCUUGUAACCUGGCAGUGCAGUUGAUCCAUGCACCGGCUCUUUUAAGAUGGCACCACCGCUGUGAAGCUUUCAAAAGUUAACGGUUGACAUCGAAGGAACUGGAUUCCAAAGACCAGCAUGGGAUGUUAGUCUCGUCUUGUGAGAUGUGUCUUUCUUUUCUGUAGAUGUGUCGGCCAUUUUACCCUGUGCCCCCUCGCCUCUUCCCUCUCUGUUCCUCCAAGUCCCCGUAGAUCAGCAUUGUCCAACGUCUGAGGAAGGUUCACAGGAGAUCAAUUAAUCUCCCGACGUGCGAUGCUCUUGACACCAUUCCCUUUGGAAAGGGGGGGAGAGGGAGAGGGAGGGGAGGGGGAGAUGUCACCUCCAUAUUUGAAGUUCUCACAGCCUCCAUUUUAAUUGCCCUGACCAGGUAGUGUGCUUCCACCGGAGAAACCACCUUGCCAAAUAUCAGCUGUUCUUGUUAAAAGUAUUUUGAACAAUAUUGAGUACAAGUAUUUUUGUACUGGUGUAAUGAAGAAUAUUUAUGCAUCAAGGAUUUUUUGUGCAAUUUAAAAAAAAAAAAAUUGUAAUCUGUAUUAUAACUUAAUGUUAGUUCAGUUGCGUUUGGAGAUGCUGAAUAUAGCCCAUACUGGUAGUUUAAAAGUGCAAUUUAUUGUGUUCUUUGCUUACUUUUGCUGUUCAGUACUGAAGGUAUUAAGAGUGAGGUUGUAAUGUUUGUACAAGGACUGCAAGAUUUUGUGAUGCAAGUCGCUGAUCCUUCUAGAAUGUGAAACUGGAUUAUAAAAGAUGAUGUUAAAUA